UACGUCUCACAGUGAGGUGGUGUAAAUCCAGAAGAGAAGAGGGCUGCGCACCGAACCCUGAGGCACACCACUGGUGAUUCAUGAUGAAGAGGGUUUUGCUCUUGGUUCUUCUGGCAGCUCUGACGCAUGUGGCAUUCUCACAGACUCGUAUGUUUUACUUUGUGCCGAAGUCGAUGAGCUGGUCAGACGCGCAGAUGCAUUGCCGACGGAAUUACAUUGAUCUGGCCACCAUCGACGAGCAGACAGAUUUGGAUGAGAUGAUGAGAGUCAUACGGCAGUUUCAUAAUGGAGACGUGUGGACCGGACUCAGUCGGACAGACAGCAACGCUCCCUGGGUCUGGUCCGAUCAGAGCUCAUCCACGUUCAUGCCGUGGGCUCCCAAUCAACCGAACAACUGGGAAAGCAGUCAGUACUGCGUGGUAGUGACUCAGGAGGUGAAGCUUAAUGAUCUGGACUGUAAAGGAACACGUCCUUCUGUUUGCUAUACUGAGAGACGCAAACAGACGGUGAGACUGGAAGUCAACUCAAGUCAAAAUGUGAAUGAUCCUGCAGUGAAGACAGAGAUUCUGCUGCAGAUGGGGAAGAGACUUGAGGAGAAUGGACUAACAAAUGCAAAACUCUCAUGGAAGAUUCAGCCAGAUGGAAAUGUCUUCCAGAAGAGGGAUGCCACUCAACAGACUGGGCCUUGA